AUGAAUCGAAUUCCAUUAUCAGUGGACCCGUUUGAUGGGAAAGGUUGUGCUGAAAAUGAGAUUGGCCGAUUUGUGGUCUUGUAUGGAAAAACGUCGACGCGAAAACAUAAAAUCUGGGAGGGCGAUGGAAUUUUGAUUUGCUAUAAUGAUUCGAGCAUUCUGAAAUCGGACAAUGAGAAGGAUGUCAUCUGCAGGUCUUCGGCUAUAAAAAAGAUUGACGAGCUGGAAGAUGGUCGCGUUAUUGUGCUCGGUUCAUGGAGUGUUCAAAUUCAAGAGAAGAUCCAGCCAAUUUCCGGAUCGACGACAGCCCCUGAAUUUGUGAAUGUUCGGACCCUUCAAGAAGUCCGAAAAAGGCCGCUAUCGAAUCCAGUAUUUUCGGGACCCGCUAAGCGUGGAUUCGUGAGCCCAUUGCUAAAUUCGAAUGGCGAAAUUGAAAAAGUCCCUCUUUUCGUGUUGAACGAAGAAGAGGUCCUACAGCGAAAAUGCGGAGCGAUUUGUGUGGAUCCGCGAUUCGUCAAGUGUCUAAGGGACCACCAAAAACAGGGAAUUCGAUUUCUAUUUGACAAAUUGAGGCGAGAAGUCGGCGGCGGAGCGAUUCUUGCCGAUGACAUGGGUCUCGGCAAGAGUGUUCAAACGAUGGCGGCCACGUGGGCGUUGAUGAAAGGCGCCAAAAACGGCAAAAAUUUGGCGUCGAAGUGCCUCAUCGUGGUGCCGUCGUCAUUAGUGAACAAUUGGAAGGCGGAAUUCAACAAAUGGUGGCGAAAUAUGCUAUUUCCGGCUCUCGUACUUCAAAAAGCAUCCGAUAUUGAUCGAUUCAUAAGCACUUCGAGAAAUCACCCAUACAUGGUCAUCAGCUAUGAUAUGGCGUUAAGGUACACCCGAAAGCUGAAAGACAUUCAUUUUGAUAUAAUUGUGUGCGACGAAGGCCAUAAACUAAAAAAUAAAGACGGGAAAAUGAGAAAAUCGCUAGCUUCUCUCGGCAUUCCGAAGCGGCUUAUUCUCACCGGAACGCCAAUGCAGAACGACUACGAUGAGUUUUUUUCGCUUUUGGAUUUCGUGAGGCCCGAACAAUUCGGAACAUUGCCGGAAUUCUUGAAAAUGUGCAGCGACGAGCCGACACGUUUGAACCAAAUGAUCGAUGAUUGUAUGCUGAGACGAAGUGCGGAGAUCAAUAAUUCGCAUUUGCCGGAAAAACACGAAUACAUACUAUUCUGCGAGGCUUCUGAUGUUCAACGACAGGUUCAUGAAGCGAUUCGAGAGAAUAUGACAGGAGACGCGCUUUCCUUGAUAUAUUAUGCGAGGCAACUCGCGAAUCAUCCGAAAUUGAUGUUCGACAGUUUGACGGAGAAGCAUGCGCAAGGCAACACGAGGAACUCGAGCCUGUUGCUCGCGUUUCCCGAUCGCUAUGUGCCGAAAGGCGGUGUUGGCGAGUCGGGAAAACUCGUCGCUCUCCUCGACAUGCUCAAAUGCUUUCGAAUUCUGAACGAAUGUGCGGUGAUUGUCUCCAAUUAUAUUGAGACACUUGACAUGAUUGAGCAACUCUGUGAAUAUCUUGAGUUUCGCAUAUUCCGACUAGACGGAAAAACGAAUGUGUCAGAUCGUCAGAAGCUCGUCAAAAAGUUCAAUGACGUCCACAAUUCGGAGAAUGUGUUCCUUUUGAGCACAAAAGCUGGCGGAGUUGGGCUCAAUCUCACUGGAGCUUCUCGAUUGGUCCUGUUCGAUUCCGAUUGGAAUCCGGCGAACGAUCAGCAGGCGAUGGCGCGCAUUUGGAGAGAUGGUCAAGUCCGACCUUGCCAUAUUUAUCGCCUCAUUACUACAGGAACCAUCGAGGAGAAAAUGUUGCAGCGGCAAAUCAAAAAAACUGGACUUGGUUGCGUUAUUGACGCCAUCGAAAUCGGAGAUUGCGUUUCGAAAUUCACCGAAGAUGAAUUGGCCGACAUAUUCUCAUUUGCCGACGACACCGAAUGCAAUACGCAUGAUUUAUGUCAGUGCAAGUGUGACGGCACCGGAAUUCUGGAGGCGGAACUUGCUGAAAGCGAUGAUGAUAUGGAAAGUGUUGAUGAUGAGCAAUUGGAAGAUGAGGAAGACGAAGAGGUUGUCGAGCAGCCGCCGAAUGCUGAAGUUGUUUCAGAAGCGGUGAAGGAUGAGGCAGGGCGAGCCUCAUUGGCGGAGCUCAGCCGUUGGCGUCACUUCUCGCCACGACACGAGGACACUUGGAAGCAUUUUAUGACGAAUGCUGGAUUGUCGCAAGUUGACACCGAUGUUCAUUUGACAUUUGCGUUUUAUCAAUCAUCGCAAUAUUGA